UCUUGCAAGAACUUGUGAACAGCAAACCCCAAGAGCAGGAGAUCGAGCGUGGAGAUGCAGCGAUUGCGGAAUUGACGGUUGGAGUCGCAAGGAAUUUGUAGAGCACAAUCUGAGUUUACGGCACCACUAUGCAAUGGAGGAGAUGAACAGACGGGGCCACCACUGCUCGAUCUGUAAAGUGUUUUACACCAGUUUGGCAGAGUAUGUCAACCAUGUGAAUGGUAGAGGGCACCUUGAAGCAUUGAGACAUGAAGGAUUGAGUUUAUCUGAUAGUGGCUACAGGAAUAAUCCUGUAGGUGGUGUGCGAAUUCAGAGCUCACAAAGUCGAUAUGAACAUUCACAGAGGCAUGGAGAUUUGUCUUAUCGAAGAGUUUCUCGAUAUGAAAGAAGUGGUGACGCCCAUUCACACCAUCUUCGUGAUCAUGAAUAUACGAGAUCAGUCAGACAUCAAAAUCAUGGUCAGUCACAUAGCACCAAGGAGGAUUCACGACAAGGAGAUCGUUGGCUUACUAGUAAGAACUCAUCAGAGCGUCAAAGGAUAACUUUGAGCAGAGAUCAUGAUCGCAAGUUCUCUGUUGUGUUAGACAGUACAAGGGAAAAACAUGAAUCCAGUUUGGAUAAACAGAAUAGGGCAAUGGAAGUUUUAUCUCAGAAUUCAAAGCAUAGCAUAGAAGCACCGAAGACUUCAAGUCAUAAGGAAAUUCAUAUUCUGGAGGCAAAUGAGGUGGGCGAUCUUGAAAAGCAAAAGCAGAGUAGUUUGGCUGUUACUGCAUCUGCUAAAAGUGACAAACUUGAUCAAAGUUGUUCGGUACCAAAACAGAAGACACCCAUUGCCAGUUUACCUGAGUAUUUAUCACUUGAAGUUGACACUGACUGUUCAAGAUCAGAAGAACAGACGAAAGCACAAGGCAAUGAAUUUUGUCUUGGUAAUGAUGGUGGUGCAAUUGUGGAUUUAGCUAGCUCUUCUAGCGGUACGUCAAUUCUUCCUAAGUUGUUAAACACAACAGAUGCUGGUGACACCAUGUCAGACAUUAAUGAUUCUUCUGAUGUUCCCACUUCCUCACAAGAACAAAGACCUGCCAAACACUCUCAUAGUGGUGAUGGAAUGUCUCCUAUCCAGAGAAAUGACAAUGUAUCAAGCCCUAGUCUAAGCACACAAAAUGACAGCAAGUCAACGAACGUGAAGCCAUUGAAGGAUUGUGUUACCUCUCCCAGAUCACUGAUACAAUUGAAAAAAAUCAACCCACUAGUUGUUCAAAAAGUCUUGAGCCAAACACAGGGUAGUAAGCUUAUUGAUAACAAGACAGAGGAAGAAUGCAGAUCUACAUUGGAAAGUCCCAGCAAGAAAGUCAAGCCUAAUCAAUCAACAAGUUCAUCUGCUUCGUCUGUUUCUGACAACAGCUCUGAAAAGGCUGCUGGUGUAGUUCCAUUGCAGCAAGACUUGGAAGAGAAACGUGUGCGUUUGCAGGAGGCAUGCAAGAAGAUUGACAAACAGGCAAUUGAAACUCUUGAGAAGAAGAAGAUCCGUGAGGCUGCUAGGUGGAUGGAUCAGGAGUCUGCACGCAGUGAACAGUGGCAUAAAGCACAACAACAGGUACAGAGCAAAGAUAGUCCAAGUAUGGAACCAGAGGACUCCUCUAAAUCAUUAGAGAGUCCAACAAAGGUACCUGAAGGAGUUGUGACUGGUAGCAAAGGUGACAACAGCGUGGUUACUCCUCCCUCUGCUAUGGCUGAUGCAAUGAGCCGAUUGUGUUCUGUGCCAGGGUCAACCCAAACAUCAGCCAUGCGUCCACAGUGCCAGUACGUGUUGGAAGAUGGAAAGCAGUGUGGUGUCAUUACUUUUUCUCAGUUUUGUCCUUAUCACAAGGAGCUGCAAACUAGUUCGCAUGUCCAACCAGAAAUUCAGUCACAUAUAUUGGGCAUGGAUGGAUCUAUUGAUAUGGAUGAUUCUAGAGAUGCCAGUGAUCAUGUAAACUUGUGUUUUGGUGAUAACGAAACUUCUGUUGAUGAUGAAAAAACUGCCGGCCUUGUUUGGGAUGAUUCACAACUUAGUAGUGAAGCAGAUGAUACUAAUGGUAAGCUUUCUUCCACAUACAAAACUGUCAAGAAUGGUACCCAGCGCUCAGGAGCUGACAGACUUGAUUCUAGAACUGAAGAAGCAGAUGGUGGUGCUAGUCGUGUAGUGACACUAAGUCAGAGAAAGCGAAAGCCUGAGACAGUGCUGCUUGCUACACAGAAGAAACCGAGAAUGUCUUCAUCUAAUGAAGAAUUUGUACAACAGUCAUUGCGUAGUACUCCUUUGCAAUCUUCUCAACAGCAGACGGGGAUUAAGCAUAAAUGGACAAAGACAAAGAAAAAGUGUUUGCCUCGAGUAAACAAAAAUCAAACAAGAACCUCAAAAGGGCAAAGAACAAAUAGCCAAACUGCUCCACAAAAGCAACAGAAUGAUGGCACAUGGUUAAACAGGGACAUCGCAGUGUCAAAUGAGUUGAUGAAAGAGCUUGCAACAGUUAGAAAUCGGAGGGGUAAAGCUUUAACGGAGGUAAGGAAAUUGCAAUCUCGCAUGGACAUUCUCUAUGGAGAGAUCAGACAGAAAUUGAAACGAGAGGGUGAAAUUGUAGCACAAUUGAACAAAAUGGCAAGCAGCCCUGUGGCUGCAAGUGUGAAAUCACAAAGUGUUGACCAAACGCAAACUAUUCACUCAUUGCAGGGGAGAAGGCACAGGACCUCUCAGGCUUCUCCUCAACCUCUCUUGUCGACGUCUGCUGGUAGCGAAGUAACUGGUGGCUCAGUGAUUUGUAACUCGGAAACAUCAGUAAAUACAGGAAGUAAGGCGGCGACAUCUCGACGCAUUGUGACAGUUGGGAAUAGCAGUGGAUCUUCUAGUCAUUCUUUGACCACUCCACGUGCUCAUAAAUUGUUUGAGUACAGUUCAUCUGAAGUUGAGGAGAAUUCUGUUCUUUCAUCUUCUGAUCUUCGGUCUAAGUUGACUUCUCAACGCCAAUGUAAUUGGCCUAUUGAUUUGUCUCCAACAGCCAUGUCUCCCAGUAAAUUGAAGGUAACCAUUUCCAGCACAACUAGUAGUAAGUCUGUAGGACAACAACCUGCUUCAACUUUCAAAGCAAAAUCUUCACUUGGAAAAAAACAAGUUACUAAAGAGUCUUCUAGAAGUCUUUCAUCUUCAAAUAAACAAGGUGAAUUCGAGCUACUAUCGCCACAAGAAACUUUUCAACUUAUGACAUCUAGUUCAACUUCUGCAGUCUCUUCCAGUCCAGCAACAUUGACACCAUCUAAGAAACAAUCUAGUAUUGUCAUCAAACCAGAUCCUGAUGGGCAAUUGGAAGUGCCAUUGAGAUUGCCGUCUGGUAAAGCUACUCAAGGUCCAUUUCAUGGUCAUGCACAGGUUGUUUGCUGUUUGAAGGCUUCUGAUGGCAUUUUAAUGAGCUGUUCUACUGAUGGCAUGUGUUGCCUCUUUAACACUCAAACUCAUCAAGUCAUGAAGAAAUUCACUGAUCACUCAGCAGCUAUUACAUCUGUACAGUUGAUUGUUGCGGAUGGGAAUUAUCGACUCUUUUCUGGAUCACAAGAUCAGACUGUUAGAAGAUUUGAUCUUCAGAGGCCAGCUAGUAGGGCAUGCACACAUAAUUUUCGCUUCAGCUCUCAAGUGACAGCGUUGCACUCUAAUUGGGAUGUACUGUUUGUUGGUCUUGGCAGUGGUAAUGUUUGCUGUUUGGAUGUGAAGGCAAAUAAACUAGCAAUCCGAUACGACUGUCAUUCCCCAAAUGAAGUGAUCUGUCUCGCUACUGGUAGCGAGGGAACUCAGCGGUUACUUCUUAGUGGAUCUAAUGACAAGACCAUACGUGUUAGACAUGCAGAGACUGGUCUUCUCGUGAGAACUCUUACUGGACAUCAACAAUCUGUGCUCUGCAUGACAAUACACAAUGAUCACGUGUUUUCAGGUGGACUGGACAAAAGUGUACAUGUUCACAACUACCAUACUGGCAAAAUCGAGCGUAUCAUCCAUGGACACAAAGGUAAAGUAACUGGGAUUGAGUGUCUUGAUGACUUGAUCAUCACAACAUCUUACGAUCAACAUGUCAGAUGCUAUGAUGCGGAGACCUUCAAGCUACUCCAAGUUUGUUGGUAUGAUGAGCAACCAGUUCAUUCAUUGGCCACAUUAUUACCAGACAUGGUUUACAUUGGAAGUCGUAAUGGUGCUGUCAAUGCUGUCAAAGUUGACUUACUUGAGAGUGUCACGUGCAAGUGGACUGGAUGCGGUAUGAACUUUGGCAGCGGAGAUUCUUUGCAUCGUCACAUAACUGGAGUUCAUAAGGGGAAGUUAGCCGUUACAUUCCAAUGUCAGUGGUUUGGUUGUAAGACUGUAUUCAGAGGACAUCAGCCUGAGACGGACUUUUCGGAGCACAUUACAUCUCAUUUAAACAAAAAGGAAGCAAGCGUUAUUAUGUAGAUGUUUUUGGACCACAAUGUACACGUACGUGUAUGUGAAGAUCUGCCUGAGAUUUUUAAUUAGCACAUUGUUCUUGUUUGCUGUAGUACUAGUAGUUAAUCACUGAUGUGAUGGUAUCUAACCUUGUUAGCUCAAACUGUAAACUCUAGAUCAUUUUUUUGAAGUGGGAUCUUGUGACUUAGUUGAGAUUCCCAGCAAUUCCUUUGUUGUCCAGGGCAGUGAUAGGUGUGUCUGAGGUCUUUGUUAAAUGCUUACUUUUGAAUGGUA